AUGACGACCAUGGUUGGAGGCCUCAGCAUUGGCAUGGUCAAUCUGAUCGUGGUCCUCGUGGUCGUGGGUGCCGGCUUCCUGGUCAUCAUUGCUUCUGGAUUCUCGCAUAUGUUAUACGGCGCGCCCGACCCCUUGAUUCAAGAACCCUCGCAAGAACAGAUGGAUUAUAUGCGGGGGGUGCGCUAUCGGACAAAGGUCAACUUGUACCACACUGCGCGAGAGAUCGUGCACGACCGGCAUUCAAAGGAGACCAACGAUUUGUCUAUGUCUAUGGCGUGA